AUGCCUGUAUUUCAGUCGAAGAAGUUUCGGUCAAGCUCGCAAAAUGCGACGGUAGCGGCCAAAUAUCGAGCAUCGCUCGCGCGACACCCUUUCGCACUUUUCGGCCUGCCGUUCAUCGCGACCAUGGUACUAGGUAGCUUCUUCCUCACACCGGCGACAGCGCUGCGCUUUGAGCGACAUGACCGUAAGGUCCGACAGAUGACGAAGGAUGAGGAGCUAGGCAUUGGGAAAGACAAGCGGAAGAUCGAUCUACAGGAGGAAUACUACAGGUUGGCAGCCAAAGACUUGGACAACUGGGAGCAAAAGCGGGUGAAGCGAUUGCCUGGUGAACACGACGGCGUGUUCUAG